AUGGGUGACUUCGAAAAAAAAAAUGACUUUAAAGUAGUCAUAGUUGGAGGGUCGGUUGCAGGCCUGGUUCUUGCCCAUAGCUUGCACAAGGCCGGGAUCGACUACGUCGUUCUUGAAGGUCGCGACCACAUCGACCCACAGGUUGGCGCUUCCAUCGGCCUUUUCUCAAACGGCUCCCGGAUUCUUGAUCAGCUUGGCGUUUUCGAAAGUAUCCUGGAGUGUACGGAACCUCUGAAAUGCUACGACAUGCUCACCGGGCAAGGAGAUCUAGUACGGCGUGAUGAUUCCCUGCAAUUGAUCGAGGCACGUACGGGCUAUCCGGUGACAUUUCUUGAGCGGCGGCAGGUCCUCCAGAAGCUCCAUCAACUCGCUCCGGACCAGAGCAAGAUUCUCACUGGCAAAAAGGUCGUCUCUGUUCGCACCCUACCGGAUGGUGUUGAGGUACAUUGUGCAGAUGGUUCCAUUUUCACUGGAGAUAUAGUGGCUGGAGCCGACGGUGUGUACAGUCGAAUCCGCCGUGAGAUGUGGCGUCAUGCCAAAAGCGAUGGCGCCCUCAAACACCUAAAUGAUGAUGAAAAAGCCAUGUUCGCCGACUACAGGUGUCUUUAUGGCAUGUCUUCCCCUGUGCCAGGCUUGCAGAAAACGAGCAUUUACCGUACUUUCAACAAGGACUGGUCCUUUCUGGUAGUUGUCGGGAAAGACGAGUGCUGCUUCUGGUUUGUAUUUGAGAAGCUAAGUAGAACACACAAAUUGCCGAAUCUGCCGAGAUACACAGAAUCUGAUCAAGCCAAGUUUGUGAAGCCAUUUAUGAACCGCCAUGUCUCCCAGGAUGUGACCUUUGAAGCUCUCUGGCAUCGAAAGACAGCAGCCACUUUGGCGGCAUUGGAGGAGGCCCAAUAUAGACAUUGGACAUAUGGGCGCUUUGUCUGCCUGGGCGAUUCCAUACACAAGAUGACACCAAACAUUGGCCAGGGUGGUAAUUGGGCUAUAGAGAGCGCCGCCGCUCUGACCAACAGGCUGCACUUAAUGAUGAGCACAACAAGAACACCAUCGUUCGGGCAGAUCUGCGACACACUGAGCGACUACGAGCAAAGCCGGCAAGUCCGUACCAAGGAAGUGUGCGCAAUGGCCGGCUUCGCCACUCGUCUGGAAGCAUUCGACAAGUUCUGGCACAAACUAAUGGCGUUGUAUGUUGUGCCACGGGCAGGCGACAUGCUCGUAGAUGUUCAUUGCCAGUCGGUCGCGGGAGCACACAUGUUAGAUUUCCUCCCGCCGCCGGAGCUGUCGCUGAGACAGGACACCAUCUUCCAGGCACCUAUGGCAUGGCAUGUCAGCAGAACUAUGCUUUGUAUGCCCAUUGGUAUUUACUACCUACCUGCGCGGCUGUCCUCCACCCUCUGUUCGCCUCAUUUCUCACCACCACUACCUUCAACGACCGAGUUCAAAAUCCUCGUGCUGAUAUGA